CCCCGCCCGCCACCCGCGCCGCCCGGCCGCUCCGCUAGGGUUUGCCCGCCCUCCCGUCGCCGUCGGCCGUCGGCCCGCGCUCGGUCCGGAAGCAAUGUCUAUGCCAACUGGGAAUUUGUUUGGCCCUCCUCAUCCCAAUGUGAUUGGGAAUGCGUUUGCUCAACAAUACUACAGAGUUUUGAAUGGGUCACCAGAGCAUGUCCAUAAGUUCUAUCAUGAUGAAAGUAUCCUUGGUCGACCAGAUUCUGAUGGUGCAUUGGCAUCUAUAACCACUAUGGAUGCUAUCAAUGAACACUUCUUAUCUACAGAUCUGAAGGGCUGUUUGAUACAGUUGGAUAAUGUAGAUACUCAGCCAUCCCACGGGUGUGGUGUGAUCAUUUUGGUUACUGGAUCUUUUACCAUGCUUGAUACAGUGAAGCAUAGAUUUGCUCAGUCAUUCUUCCUUGCUCCACAAGAAACUGGAGGCUAUUUUGUUUUGAAUGAUGUGCUUCGACUUGCGCCGGAGAUGCCAUUGGCUGAGACAAACGAAGCUUUAGUUGACCAUGUUAAUGGAAACACUCAGAUUGCCCCAUUUCUAGCUGAGCCAGAAACAACAUCUGUCAAGGAGAGCAUGGACCCAGAGCUUCCAUCUGCAGGGAAUAUUUCCACCAAUGGCGAAGUCAUAAAUCCAUCUGCAGAGAUGAUUCCUGUGGAUGCUGAAGUCAUAAAUCUAUCUGCAGAGAAUGUUUCCAUCAAUGAUGAAGUCAUGGAUCCGUCUAUAGAGACUAUUUCUAUCAAGGAGAAAGUCAUAAAUUCAUCUGGAAAUGAAAAUUCUCAAAUUAAGAAUGAUGCUAUUAAGAUACCUGAGGCAGUACCUACUCCUGCUUCAGGUCAGAAGGAUUUUAUCAAGAAGACAUAUGCAUCGAUUGUUAAGGCCACAAAUGAGAGCAUACCACCAGCACCCAUUACCAAACCCAAACCCAAACCUAGACCAAAUCCAACAGUGAAGAGAGCUGAAAAUGUGGAGAAAUCUUCGUCUGUUCCUGCAAAAACUACGCAUGCAGCUGAUACUGCGCCUCCAAAUGACCAAAAUAAUUCUAAUGACCAAGGGUAUUCAAUCUUUGUGAAGAACUUGCCUUAUAAUGCAACUAUCGAAAUGGUUGAGGCUGAGUUCAGUAAGUUUGGUCCAAUCAAACCUCGUGGUAUACAAGUUGUACACCGUCCGGUUGAUGGGUUCUGCUUUGGCUUCGUUCAAUUUGAGUAUGAAAAAUCAAUGAAUGCAGCAAUCGAGGUAUUUAAAGUUCGUUUUGGGACGUAUGUGUCUUAUGUUGAGGAGAAACGAACUCCAAAACGAGUUGUUAAUGGUGUCACUCAUAGUGAGUACAAUGGCAAUGCUCGGGGCAGUCGGGUCCUGCCAGACAGAGGUGGUUACCAUGGCGACAACUUCAGGGGACAGGGGACAGGCUAUGUGAACAAUGGCAACUACCAUGAUGGCGACAACUUCAGGGGUCAGGGGGCGAGCUUUGUGAACAACAAUAACUACCGUGAUGGUGAAAACUUCAGAGGACGGGGAGUGGGCUUCGUGAACAAUGGUAACAACUACCGCGAUGGCAAUAAUAUGAGGAGUGAUAACAGAAACCAGAAUGAGUACUCAGGCCAUGGUCGAGGACCGCAGGGGAACAACGACUACCGCCAGAAUGACUCCCGUCAGAACAGGAAUGAUUACCGUCAGGAUGGGAACGGCUACCGCCUUAAUGGAGAUGACUACCGCCAGAACAGGGACGGCUACCGGCAGAAUGGAGAUGACUACCGCCAGAACAGGGACGGCUACCGCCAGAACGGAGAAGACUACCUCCAGAACAGGGACGGCUACCGCCAGAAUGGGAAUGGACACCAUCAGCCACGCCCUGUUCACAGUGGGAUGGGGAAUGUGAAUGCGAGGUCUGGCCGCUUCAAUGGCCCCAAGCAAAUAGCAGUUACCGCAUAGAAGUUGUGUGCAAUCCAGCAAAGUAGAAAACUGUAGACUGUUCGCCCAUUGAUACUGUUUCUCACCCCGUACUCCUUUAGGAAUCUCUGAAAUGAUCCGCAUUCUCCCGCAUCGUAUUAGGCUAAGGAAAGUUCUGUUCAACAUGAUGAUACCUCGUUUAGGCUGGUGCCUCUUUUGUGGCUAGUUGCUGCCCGCAUUUUGGAAUGCUCUGACCUGUAAACAUGAUGCAGAGAUUUUAUAUGGAUGUGGUUCGUUAUUUGUGC